AGAAAAUGAAAUGGAAUGAGCAAAUGGGUGUGGGUGUGGGUGUGGGGGGUGUGUGCGUGUGUGUGUGUUUGAGGGUCUCCUAAAUAAACCGUUUCCCGCUUUCAUAGCUAAACCAACCAACCAACCAACCAAUUCCGGUGGUCUUUUCUGUCAAAUUCUCUUUCACUCCCUCAAUUUCUUCCCUGUUUUUCCAAACCCUAAACACUCUCUGCUCUUCAAAUAUUUCAUUACUUUAAUCUCAAAUCCUCCACUAUUAUUCCUCAAUAUUCAAUCUCAUCAUAUUUAUUCUUCAUGUCUCACAUUGAACCCAUUGUCCCCGAUUCUUGCUGUAUUUCUCCUCGCUUUCAUAGCAACAGUUUUCGCCGCUCUCUUCGCUAUAAUCGCCUUCCGCCCCAGCUCCUCCGACUCUCCGUCUUGAAAUUGGACGGUUCUUCUUUUGAGGUGCAAGUUGAAAGGACGGCGACGGUGGCCGCGGUUAGAGAUGCGGUGGAGAGUGUUUUCUGUGAAAUGUCGAUGAAUAAAGAAGAUUUCAAUAUUUCUUGGCCACAUGUGUGGGGUCAUUUUUGCUUAUGCUAUAAACAUUUCAAGCUCAUGGACGACAAAUCUCGUAUUCAACAUUUUGGAAUUCGUGAUGGUGAUCAGCUGCAUUUUGUGGAAUUGAGAUGUCCCAUAGAAGAAUAAAUAGAUAUGUGUAGAAAGAAAUAUAGAAAGAUUGAAGAGAUGAACGGCUUCUGGUAUAAAGUGGUCAGAAGGUUUUGGGCGUGAAUUAUUAUUAUAAAUUGGUUUCAUGAUGUAUCUUUUUUCUUCUAUUUCCACUGUACUUUUCCUUUGUUUGAAUUCAAAAAUAUAAUCCAUUAGAAGACCAGUCUCUAAGGUACUUAAAUUGCUUUAAGAGAAAAACAGAAGACAGAAUGGCGAUCAUACUCUUCUUUGUUUUUUCAUCUCAGAUGGUGAAUCUCAUUGCCUUGUCUAACUAACUUGGUGCAUGUGUAAGGAACUAUUUGGUUUGAAAUGUUUUUCUAAGAGUGUUUGCUUA